AUGAAUAGUGUGUCAUCGGCGCCAUCCACCAACGAAAUGGUCCGCCAGCCCGUCUACGAGACGACGUUAGGCGCACGUGUCAAGCAGCGAGAACCCGACCAGGGCCCGGACCGACCUUCCCAGAGUACCGCAAUCACCCUCCUCGGGCAGCAGCAGCAGCCGCGCGCAGGUCCGCUCCGCCCGAAGCCACCACUGCACCAGGGGAGCAGCCGCAGCGCCCCGGUAUCCUCCAGUACCCAGCAGCAACCAGUCCCAACACCCCAUGGUUCCAGCAGCAGUGGCGGUGGCAAUCCCUCAGCCCCGACUCCUGCCACCGGAGAUCACGACCCGGUGUUCAGGCAAGCGUCAGCGGCCAUUGACCAGAGCCAUCCAACACCAUGGUCACCCACCUCCGGGAACGCCCCCGCCGCACACUCCGGGGCCGUCGCCGUCAAGCGCAGCAUCCACGCAGGCAUCAAGGGGCUCCCCCCAGGGUCAGCGCGGCACCCAAGGCACAGCGGCCACCGCAACGGAGCGCCGCCUCUGAAUGGCUCCGACCAUGCCCUCCAGCCACCCAGAGCACCACCACCCACAAAAAUCAAGGGAGCACCCUCCAAGGGAAUCUCCCCAACUCCGCGGGAAACCGAAAACGCUCAGCUGCAGGACAACCGACGGCAAGACCCGCGACCAGAGCGCAACAGCGGCUCAUUGGCGCCCCUCGGGUUGCGCUCGUGUUCGUGCUCAACACGCGGUCGUGCCACUGCUCCUGCGUUCAUCUUCAGGCUCGGCAAGCGGACGGGAAUGCCGCACGUCUUCCAUUCGGCUGAUGAGCAGGCCGUUUUCGAUGAGCAACGCCGACAACGCGCCCGGCAGCGGCAGCAGUAGCAGCAGCAGCAGCAGCAGCAGCAGCAGCAGCAGCAGCAGCAGCAGCAGCAGCAGCAGCAGCAGCAGCAGCAGCAGCAGCAGCAGCAGCAGCAGCAGCAGCAGCAGCAGCAGCAGCAGCAGCAGCAGCAGCAGCAGCAGCAGCAGCAGCAGCAGCAGCAGCAGCAGCAGCAGCAGCAGCAGCAGCAGCAGCAGCAGCAGCAGCAGCAGCAGCAGCAGCAGCAGCAGCAGCAGCAGCAGCAGCAGCAGCAGCAGCAGCAGCAGCAGCAGCAGCAGCAGCAGCAGCAGCAGCAGCAGCAGCAGCAGCAGCAGCAGCAGCAGCAGCAGCAGCAGCAG